AUGGUAAGACCUAUCGCUUUGCCCACAGUUAUAAGCCAGCCGCUGCGGGCGGCUUAUGGUAGUGCUACCUCCAGGUCAGCUCAAAGGGCCUACAUUCAAACCAUCUUGGGCGCCAUCCUCGCGAUCCUCCUCUUCGGUGUCGCAUGUUUUGGUUACAUACUCUUCUAUUACAACUACAUCCCACAAAUAGGACUUGAAACUACUGUUCAUUUGAUAUAUGGUCAAACCAUGAUACAUUCGCCUCACUUUGCACUUAUAACACCCGGACUCAAGGGAGCUAAGCUAGUCCCUUAUGGCGGCGCUGAUAUCUCAAAGGGUGUGCUUAUGCAUAACCAGCCAUAUGAUGUUUACGUCUCCCUCACGCUGCCAACUUCACCCCAUAAUAUUGAAGCUGGGAAUUUCAUGAUAAAUUUGACUCUCUUCGACGAGGAUCCUAAAAAACCAAGCAUACUAGCGACAUCGAGACGAGCCGCUUGUUUAACAUACAAGUCUGAUAUCAUAAAUACUAUGGAUACCGUCAUUAAGUCGCCGUUGUAUUUGUCCGGGUGGAGGAAGGAACAAGAAAAAAUAGAUAUUUUGAUGAUGGAAGGAGAAGUUUUCACGAAAAAGAGACUGCCGAGUUAUCUAGGCAUACGAGUUGGAAACGACUAUGCCUCCGACAAGGCACCAGAGUCCUACGAGAGUAAAGUUGUAUUCAAGGCAAGAUUUAGAGGCCUAAGAUACUUUAUGUACAACUACCGAAUCAUCGCAUUCAUUUUUUUUACAUCAGCAUUCUGGGUGACCGAGCUAUUUUGGGCAGCAAUUACUUGGAUACUAGUAUCUUCGUACUGGCUUGCUACCGAAGAUGAAUAUUUUGACGACGAUGAGGACCCACUCAUGGAAAGGCCGACGCGGUCAUCUGAAACAGAGGGGCGCAUGGUCCAUCCUUUAGCUCCGGUUGAAGAUGAUUCGGCAGAGGAUAUACCCCGCCCACGAGGUGGAGUAUAUGAUACACCGGAAGCUACACCAGCUCCUGAGGGCGAGGAGGGUGACGACGAAGAUUCGGAAGACAUGUCCAAUGAUAGGAGCGAUGAAGGUGGGAGGACGCCGACUAGUGUGGACGAAAAUACCUUACAAGGGAGUGCCCAGGAUUCUGGGAUCGGGACAUCGAUGAGUGAGCAGCGCGGGGAGGGGCUCGUUAGGCGGAGAUCUUGA